UAUUUUUUAAUGGUAUUGGUAGGGGGAAAAAAAAAAAAAACAGAAUGAUAACAGAACGGUGUUACUCUGCAAGUGCAACAUGUGCUAGUUUCUCUCCACCUUACAUUAUUAGAGAUAACAACUUUAAACACCAACCAUGUAACAAGUUUACUCUAUGUUCAGCAACAUCUUCAUCUACAUCUAGUGCCAUAUCUAUAACUAAAAGAAGAUCUUUAUAUGUGUCUCUCAUCUGCACCACUUUAUCUUCAUUCAUAUUCUCACUUGCUCCUGCUUCAUCCUCUUCUCUCUCUCCUUCCUCCAAGUUCCCCAUAUCAGAAUUCUAUGAGCUCCCCAAUUCCAGUGGACUUAAGGUCUUAGACCUCCUUCUUGGUUCCGGUGAUGAAGUUCCUUCUGAUGGAGACAGGGUUGCAAUACAUUACUAUGGUAGACUAGCAGCAAAACAAGGGUGGCGCUUUGAUUCAACCUAUGACCAUAAAGAUGAGAAUGGUGAUCCUAAUCCCUUUGUCUUUGUUCUUGGGAGUGGCAAGGUUAUAGAUGGAAUUGAGAUGGCAGUGAGAUCAAUGAAAGUAGGUGGUAUCCGAAGAGUCAUCAUACCUCCAUCCCUUGGAUAUCAAAGCACAUCACAGGAACCAAUUCCACCCAAUUUCUUUGACAGGCAGAGGCUGUUCACAACCAUAUUUAAUCCAACUCGUCUUGCUAAUGGAGAAGGCUCCACUUUAGGGACACUUAUAUUUGACAUUGAACUGGUUAGCCUGAGGCAUCAAUGAAUUAAUUUGAGGGUAGUCAUAUUUCCUUAUCCAUUGUUAUUAGCCAAAUUCAGUUAUCUCAACCUAUGGUGUCGGCAAUGCUGACUUCCUUGUUGCUCAAACUUUUGCACUACCAUAUUAGAUUGGUUAUGUUAGAAGUUACAACUUAUUGGUCUUUCUUUUAACGAAUAAGAUGGAUCAUAUUAAAGACUGAAA